AUGUUAUCGCGGCGGAAACGAAGCAUUACGGGCAAGAAAGUGGCCAGUUUCACUGAGGUGAACAUCAAGCCAGAUAAAGCUCGGAAGAUUAUUCGAAGAUACCAUUUCUUAAUCAACAAACAAAAGAUAAUAUGCAACAAAUUGGGGAUCACCGCCGAUCCAGUACCACCUCAUCUCGAGGGACCAGCUGAUGUAGAAGACCCACAAGAGAUGGAGAAGAUGUUGUUAAGAGUGCAGGAUAAAGGUAUGUCACGUGAUUCAUUGGUACGAUGCCUUCACUAUAUCGCUAACGAGGUCUCUAAGAAAGGUGGUCUCAAAGACUACCAGUUGGCCAGUCGAGUGGGCCAGUCUCAAAGCCGCGGUGGCGACUCUUCAAAGCUGCUGGUCAAGUGGCUGCGGGAGUUACAACUACCGCAACACGAUCCACCACUUACAGCGCUUGAAAUUGGAUCGUUGAACUGCCAUAACUGCAUAUCGACCUGUAAGAUCUUUAAAUCAGUGACUAGAAUCGAUCUGAACAACAGUAACGACUCGCGUGGCAUUAUACGACAAGAUUUCAUGAAAAGACCGCUCCCAUCCUCCGACACUGACCGUUUCGACCUCAUAUCCUGCUCAUUGGUGCUCAAUUUUGUCCCUACACCUAUUGAAAGAGGUCAAAUGCUACGCAGGCUCCAGCAAUUUCUUAAACGUCGCAGUCUAUUCUUUCUAGUGCUUCCACUACCUUGCAUAACCAAUUCACGCUAUAUUGAUCACUUACAUCUCGCUCGAAUGCUCGAACAUCUAGGAUACGUCCAAUUACGACGCCACGAAUCCUCGAAGCUGUAUUAUGCACUUUAUGCAUUGCAAAAUCAGUCCGUGAAUAAUACGCCGACCAGUUUUCGCCACAAGAAGGUCCUACGUGACGGGCCAGGGAUGAAUAACUUUUGUAUACUACUAUAA